AUGACUAUAUCAAAAUCUAAUAAUUGGGCUUAUUCUGAUUAUGCUGCAAUUUUGAAAUUGCAAAUGAUUUUAAUGAUGAAUUACAUAUUUGUGGAUCACAUGAAAAAUCUUAUAGAUAUAAUAUAAAAAGGAUUUUUUCAACCCUAUUUAUUCUAAAAUAUGAGUUUAGUAUUAUUAUACUGA